AUAUUAUUGUUCAAUUCACUUCCACUCGCAAGUGUUUCUCUUCAAUUCAACGAACAGGAGGAAAUUUUCAUUUUGAGCAUUUGAAUUUCACUGCUGCUGUGAAUUACUCAUUCGCUAGGGUUUUGCUUUAAUCCACUCUCAGCUUUGGCUCUCAGCCACGCAAACUGAGUAUAUAGCUUUGAUGAAAGCUGAACCGCAGGCCGACUAUACAACCUGAUGUUUUGCGUCGAACUUCAGCUGCUCAGAAGAAACUCUAAUUUGAACCAAACGAUUCAAGAAACUUUUUAAAGAUAUGGGAUGCUUGGUGUCUACAUCUAAAGGGUCGGGAGGAAAUAGGAGGAGGCCAGGAAGUAUUGGGGAAGUUUCUGUUUAUAUACCUGGUUUGCGGAUUCCUAAACCUGUUGAUUUCUCUCAAUCACUGGGUGACCACUUGUCGAAGACUUUAGUGGAACGUUUAUCUGCUCUAAGAACUCGUAUAGUUGUUAUGGCUGGUCAAGAAGCACCCACAGUUACAAGAACUAGGAGAAAAAGUGCAACGCAACAUGGAGGUUCUACAUUGGCUGAUCUUCAUCAGGCUCUUGAAGACUACUUACCUGUUCUUUUGGGAUUAGUCAAAGAUGGGAGCCAACUACAACACAAAGUACAGUUUGCGUGGGUAAAUCAGGAGGAUGAUGCAGAGGAAACAGCAAUGUCUAAUGCCUGGUAUGAGGCUUUGUCUGUUUUGCAUUUAAUGGCAAUGCUGUCACUAUCACAGGCCAACUUGCUGCUUCUUCCAAGAGGUUCUGCUGAUGGUUGUCAGGCAAAAGUAUCAGAAGAGAGUAAGCAGAUAAACUGAGUGAGUAAUUAUCUC